GCUGGCGGGAGCGCGGGCCCCUGGCAGCCCCCGCGCUGCUCGCUGCUGGAGCUGCCACCGGAGCUGCUGGUGGAGAUCUUCGCCUCUCUGCCCGGCACAGACCUGCCCAGCCUGGCCCAGGUGUGCACCAAGUUCCGGCGCAUCCUGCACACCGACACCAUCUGGAGACGGCGCUGCCGGGAGGAGUAUGGCGUUUGUGAAAACUUGCGGAAGCUGGAGAUCACAGGCGUGUCUUGUCGAGAUGUCUACGCAAAGCUGCUCCACCGAUACAGACACAUUUUGGGAUUGUGGCAGCCAGAUAUCGGACAGUACGGGACUUCAGGACUGCUGACCCACAUAGUAGAUGGUUUGUUCAUUAUUGGUUGGAUGUACCUGCCUCCCCACGACCCUCACGUGGAUGACCCAAUGCGAUUCAAGCCCUUGUUCAGAAUUCAUCUGAUGGAGAGGAAGUCUGCCACGGUGGAGUGCAUGUAUGGCCAUAGAGGGCCCCACAAUGGCCACAUCCAGAUUGUGAAGAAGGAUGAGUUCUCCACCAAGUGCAACCAGACGGACCACCACAGGAUGUCUGGUGGGAGGCAGGAGGAAUUCCGAACCUGGCUGAGGGAAGAAUGGGGGCGGACACUGGAGGACAUUUUCCACGAGCACAUGCAGGAGCUCAUCCUAAUGAAGUUCAUCUAUACCAGUCAGUACGACAACUGCCUGACCUACCGCCGCAUCUACCUCCCGCCCAGCCACCCGGACGACCUCAUCAGGCCGGGCCUCUUCAAAGGCACCUAUGGCAGCCACGGCCUGGAGAUUGUCAUGCUCAGCUUCCAUGGGAAGCAUGCCAGGGGCCCCUCUCACUCCUCUCUCUCUCAUGCUUUCCUUCUUUCUUUCUUCAGUUUCUACGGCACGGGUCUCAUCGCCGGCCAUGGCUUCACCAGCCCCGAGCGUACCCCUGGGGUCUUCAUCCUGUUUGACAAUGACCGCUUUGGGUUCAUUUGGCUAGAGCUGAAAUCCUUCAGCCUAUACAGUAGGGUCCAGGCCACCUUCCGGAAUGCAGACGCACCGUCCCCACAGGCCUUCGAGGAGAUGCUCAAGAACAUUCAGUCCCUGACCUCCUGACGGCCUCCUUCCCCGCCAGGGGGUGGCCCCCAACCCCUCAGCCUGGGAAGAGCAGCAGCAUGCACUUUGGAGAUUUGACCUCUGAUCAGAGCACCCACUUCCUUGUAGGCGUCUCGGCCCAGCCACCUGAGGCACUUUCUAUAGAGUGUGCAACAUACGCCUGUGUAUUUGUCAGUAGCUGAUGGGAAAGCUGAGCUGAGCAUGUUCUUACCAAAAAAAAGAAAAAAAAGAAAAGAAAAAAGAAAGAAAGAAAAAGAACCAGAACUGAUUGAGAAGAUGGGCUGCAGGGGCAUGGAAAUAAUUGAGUUGGGGAAACUGGGUUUGUCUUUGGCCCACUGGCAGUUUUCCAGGGAAAACAGAAUCCUCCUUCAGGGAAGUUUAUGACUUAACAGAGUCUCUUGCCUUGGACCGAUCUAAGAGGUCGAGUGUGUAGGGUGCCAGCUCCACCUCUGCUCUGUAGGAAGCAAGUGAAAGUGGCCGUGGGCCUGUGAGGGCCUGGGCGAGGUGAACGUGUGCAGCUGGGCAGGUGCAGAGGGGCAGCGUAUGUGGAAAGAGCCCUGGGGACUCAGGGGUGUCGGGCUUGGAACCCAGCCCCGAAUUUCUGUUUAUCUACUGACUUGCUUGGAUUUUGGACAGAAGCACCUCACCCCCUCUCAGUUUCUGACUCAGUGAAAUAGGGCUAGUAAAACAGGUCCCUAGAGAACGUCACUGCUGGCCUUUGAGCAGCUUGGGGGCUCUGCAAACACCACCCCUCCCCUGGGCUCUGGGCAGUGCCCAUGUGCUUGCCUUGGCCCCUCUCCAGCUUAGAACCGUCUCUACAGCCAGUUUCAGUCACCCCUCGUGCGUACAUGGCCCCCUCCCCCCGCACACACUCUGGUGUCAGAAUCCAGGUUAAGGUGCCAGGUGUGACUGCACACAACGACUGUGUGGGCCCUGCGCAGGCAAGAGGGCAGUUUCCUAGAAAAGUCGCUGAUAGGGGUGCACUUUGGAGACCAGAACCUCCUGGGGAUUGUGCCACAUGGAGACCCUGAGCACUGACCCUUCUGCUGGCAUGCCCAUAUUGGGUUGACACCUGCGUUUGGGGACCCCUGCUGAUGUGUGUUUCUGGAAGAACAGAGCCCUAAAUGCAUGCAGGCCUCCAAGAGGGUUUCAGCUCUCCUUCCAGCCUGCAGAGUGCCGUCUCCACGCCACGCAGCCACAAGCAUGCUUCCCCGGAGGCAGGGCACACUGUCCCCCUCUCCGUUGCUCAUCCUUGUUGGGUAGACUGCACUGAGUCCUCACUCUGGGGGCGAGGAACCCCAGGGAAGGGGGAGCUUUGUGGUGCCUUCAUGUAGGAGACCAACCCAAGCUGCCCUGUGAAAUGCGUCCUCUGUUUUCCUAAUUUCUUCCUGACUUUUUUUUUUUUUUUAAAUAAAAAAAUUCCCAUUGCCCUAGCCUCAGUACAUUUGGCAACUUUGACCUUCCUUUCCUUUCCAGUGUCAGCAUCGUCAGACUUUGGGGCACUAGUGCCUAAAUGGCAAACUGGCUCUCCCAGGAGGUUCAGUGGGGACCCAGGAGAGACAAGCAGGGAAGGUGGGGUCUAUCUUGGGCAGCAGCGGGGGUCAGCCACCUGGUGCUGUCAGCUGAAUCUCGUCAGAAAUGAAUGCCCACGGCUCACCUUCCAGAUCCUUCUAGUAGAUCCUGCAGUCAGGUUAAGACACGGCCCCAGUUUCCUUGUCUUUUUUUUAGGACGGAGCCUAAAAGUGUUGUUGCCCAUCCCCCGUCUUGCAGUGUGACUUUUUUUCGUGCCAAGUGUGGCCAGCCCUGAAUGGUGAUAACGGUGGCCAUGAAGUUUUGAGGAAAAUGACAAUGAAGGACAACUCGUUGUGCAGGCUGUUGUUCUCUAAGUUUCACCAUUGUUUAAAUAAAAUCUGCCUAUUUGACCCAGA